AUCAACAACCUAAUUGUCAAUCAUGUCAUCCUCUACUCAAAUGUCUUUUGCCCAAACCUAUGUAUUGGCCUCCAAAGUGAGAGGCAAACUUACAAAGGAUGCCUCCAAUCCCAAAGUAUCGUUAAGAAGCUUGGUGGUACAAGCCAACAUGUUAGACAAUUUGAUGGACCAUAUCGCAAGUGAAAACUCCAAACGUCUAGACAAAUUGAACAGAGUAAAGUUCGAACUUCCAAAGACUCAGCGUCAAUCGGACACUUCAUCGCCACAAUAUACCACUAGCAUAAAAGAAUAUGAAGUGUCAAGUGAUAGUGACUCAGACGUCGAAUUGGAUGACUACGAUUCAGAUUCGGACGACUACUACUACAGUUCCGAGGAAGAAGAAGAAGAGGAGGAUGAACGUUCAUACACGGCUGUUAAGGUGGAUUUGUCCACACCCAUGAAGCUUGGUACCAUCCAAGAAGAGUCGGAAGUACCUGGGUUAUCAAUUUCCGACAGCGAAGAGAGUGACGACGAAUUUGAUGGCAGCCACUUCAAGGCGUCUCCCAGUGUGAUCGACCACCAUUCUUUGUUCCACAACAACAAGUUGCAUCAACACCAUCACCACAGAAAUGAUGCUAUAUAUUCGAUCAACGAAGUGUUUUAAAGCUCACUAUUGUUGGUGAUGAUGACUACGACUGAUUACGACCUUUUACGACCUUUAUUUCUUGUACCUAGAAUUUUUAAUUACCACAUAUUUCGAUAGAAUGACUGAGUAGACAAUUGAUACACCUGGCUGAGCAUGAAGAAUAUUCGAAAGAGACACGGGAUUGGAGCGCGGACACGGACGGAGCUUGGGUAGUUACCGC